AUGGGAUGCUGCGGCUCGAAACAGGCGAAGGAGCCGCCCGGGGCGUACGAGGCGCGACGAGAGCAGAUGCUCGCGGCCGCGUCGAAGCGGAACGCGGAGAACGAGAUGCGAGGGAUCAGGAACCCGAAGGCCGCGGCGAAGCUGCGCGAGGCGCAAUCGAACAGGAGUGAAUCGCAGCGAGGAUGGAGCGCGGCGGAGGACCGGCGGCAGGAGAGCAUCGCGAAGGAUUGGAACUGA